ACAGCUCCAUAAUCUAACGUGAACGCAUUUUGUAUAAAACGUUUACUUCAGAAUAUACCAACUUGUUAUCAAACAGAAAAUUGUUUUCAACAGUAUCAAGAGCUUUGUUUAUUAUUCUGUUGACAGUGGUUUGGUUUUUAUUUCAAAUAAUUUUGGCGCGGCUUAAUUUUAAUAUUUAAUAUCUCUUACUCCAUAUAAAAUAGAUAUCUAACUAUAAUAGAUAUCAAGAAGAACAGUUAAGAGGAAAUUACGUAACUAUUUGAAGUUGCGCGUGCAUCACGAUGCCCCAGGCACGGACCAGAUUGGAACAGCUGCAGGUGCGCAAACUGCUCAGCUGUGUGUUCAAAGAGGACAAGAAACAGAUUGAAAAGCUGAUCGAGUUUGGAAUCCCCAAUCUACUAAACUACAUCGAGGAGUCAGAAGAUGGGCAAGGUGUACUACACACAGCAGCUGCCAACAACAACGACGCAAUCAUCACCUACCUGAUCAAGUUGGGUGCAUCGCCCGAAGUGCAGGACGGACAGGGACGCACUCCGGCCAUGAUCGCCGCACAGUAUGGACACGUGAACACACUCGAUAUACUUCUAGAAACUUCCAGAAACUUGAAACUCAAAGACACAAAGGGGAGGGGCAUUCUGUUCUACUGUCUGAACAACACGCAGAGACACACACAGUGUGCUGAAUUGUGCAUUGAGAAGGGGGCCGACUGCAACAAUGCCGACAACAACGGAGUUCCUGUGUUGGUGCAGGCCUGCUACACCGCAGCUGAUAAUGAGGCCACCUGUCUCAAACUCAUCCACGGGGGAGCGAAUCCGGACUCCACCUUCGAGGCCAAACUGGAGACGGCACUGCACGCCGCCGCUGCAUCCGGAUCCGCACAGGUAUGUCGUGCUCUGAUUGAGGCGGGUGCUAACAUCAAUGCCCUGGACAAGAAAAGAAUUCAUGCGUACCACAGGGCGGCUAAGAAUGGUCACGUGGCUGUUCUGAGGGUGCUAGCUGCACACAGGGCCAAGAUAGAUGUCGCAGAUGUCCUAAGCAACACGGCGAUGCACUACGCGGCCAUGAAUGGACAUGAACUAUGUGUUCGGUUCCUGGGCACUCGUGGCUGUCCAGCUAAGAGUAAGAACUCGGAGGGUUCGAUUCCCCGCCAGGUGGCAAAAGACGAAGGACACAAAGCGGCGAUGAAGGAUUGUCGGAAGGCUGAGAGGAUAGAAGGAAAACAGAAGGUGGAGGAGUGGGCGCUGAACAUUUACGACUGGGUGUGUGAGUUUGAGCAGGAGCUCCUGGGGUACUUCCAAGAUGCAGACGAGGAGGAAAAGGGAACCCUGAACCAGGACCAGUUCGUCGACAUUCUAGAACAGCACGGACCCAAGUUCGGAAGCAGAGACGACUACAUCAACAUCUACAAAAUGCACGACAAGGACAACAAGGGCGUGAUCAAGUAUGAGGAGUUCCUCAGUGGGAAGAAGUACAUCCACAAAACAUAUGUCGCAUCCGCCUUCGAGAAGAAAGACAAGAAAAAGAAAGGCAAGAAAGGAAAGGGGGGCAAAGGGAAGAAGAAGGGCAAAUUUAAGCUGGCUUUCCCCAUUUGCACAGCCCCGGAGGGUCCCCGCAUGCCCCACGGGGCUCCCCCCGUCAACUUCAUCCCCAAGAUGCUGCCACUGACCGACUGGAGCAAGUUCUCCCGCGACAACGCACCCAAGAACGCCAUCAUGGACGACUGCAUAUGGUAUAUGACUGAUCCUGGUAAGACUUUCCAGGGAAUCAACGACGCCACCCGAACUAGUGACUUCGAAUCCCUCAAAUAUGCAAUAGACAUUCUCAACAUACCACCAGAUACGCGUGACAAGUACUACAAGACUCCAUUGAUGACAGCCUGUGCUCAGGGACACAUAGACAUGGUGCAGUUCCUGCUGGACAAGGGGGCCGAAGUGACCACCAAAGACAACUUCUUCUGGACACCACUACACUUCGCCUGCCACAGUGGCCAGUUGCCCAUAGUUCAGAUGCUGAUUGAUAGUGGGGCGGACAUGAAUGCAGUCACCAUGCACGGGGCCACGCCCAUCAUGAGGGCCAUCGAGGCAUCCAGGGCAGAGGUAGUCGAGUAUCUGCUGGAAAAAGGAGUGAAGUUGAGUUUGGAGAAUGCGAAAGAGCACACUGCCCUGGACGUGGCCAUGUUGUGGGGGGACCCUCGGGUGGCCAAUCUGCUGAUGGAUAAGUUUGAGAAGAUGGGACUCCUGGGAGACAAGGACGACAAAAAGGGAAAGGGCAAAAAGGACAAAAAAGGCGCCAAGAAAGGUAAGAAGGGGGGCAAGGCUGGAGGCAAGAAGAAGGGUAAAAAGAAGGGCAAACAGGGGAAGAAAGGGAAGGGGGAGGAGGAGGAGAUAGAGGAGCCAGAGUCCAUCUUCGACAAGUACCAACAGGAGAGUGUCAUCCGCACAGCCACCGCCAUCGCAUCAGGGGUUCCAGAGCACGCCCAGAACAUCGCCUACGUGCCGAAGAAAACGUGGAUUAACAUGCCUUCGUCACAGGACUUGCUGAAGGAGAGAGACGCGCUACGGAAGCAGUGGGGCGCCGGUAAAGACUUCCCGAAGACGUUCAAGAAACCAUUUGGUGAGAAUGUCCAGAAGAAAGUCGACGAGAUGGGAGGACUGGAAUAAAAACUCUCCUGGAGAUGUAAAAAAAGUUCUAUCGAGAGAAAAAACUUAGUGAUGAUUAAAUGACAAUUGAAAAUUAAUUAACUGUUAAUAAAAAAUCGUAUCUUCAA